AUGAAACCAACGGCUCUCUUCUUCACCCUGGCCAGCCUUCCAGAGUUCGAUGAAAUACCUGCUGUUGAGACUGAGGCUGACGGCCUUGCGUGCAACUACUUACCUCCGUCGCAGACACGCCUCGGAAGCAGCUUCUACCACAAAUUGCUUGCCGUGAUGGAUUUCAUCUUCCGCGUCGACCUGUCCACGGCCUACGUCGUCCUCCGGCGGGACUUUGUCACAUCGCAAGACUCGCACGGGUCCCAGUCCUCCCCGGUUGGCGCCGGAUUCUACUACUCGGCCGAGCUUGCCAACGAGGCCGCGCGAGCACACUGCUCCAAAGAAGCCGCCAAGAACAGGAGCUUCAUGAGCGAGAGGGCCGUCCACUUCGAGAAGAACGGGCUUUACAUGGGUGGAUGCAUCAUGCGUGCCGAGGACAGGCACAGGUUCGAGGUCAAGGUCAAGAGACUCCGGGCGAGGGGCAGCUGGGGUGGGGGCGGCAGCGAGAUGACCUUGAGCGAGAGAAGGAAUGGCGGUCUGAAGGCGGUCGAAGAGGAAGGCGAAGGCGAAAGAGGAAUAGAAAGGGAGAGCGAAAGGCCACAGGGACUUUUCAAUUUCUCAGAGACCACCUCGGAAUCGGGAUCAUCGCUUGGGCGGUCUGGUUCGCAGGCAGUCACUGACCGUAUCAUGCCGACCAAGGCUGACCGCAAGCACUUGGACGCAACAGUCUCAGCAUUCCAUGGGCAGUACGCUUCGGUCUGGGGCGAGGAGAGAUGGCAUAACUCACUGUAUCCUGCGCUCGCGAAGCCCACCCGUUAUGCAGCUCUAGUGAACCAGUAUGUCCCGUCAACUGAGGUUGAUAGAGUUCUCUCGGCAGGCCCAGAGGGAGAACUGCGCCGGAUCCAAUUUCCGGAUCUUCCAUCAGAGGAGGGAGUCGACACCACAACAAGGCCCAGCAUCGUGGCCCUUGAGCACAUCUCACCAGUGCCGCUAAAGUCAUCAGAAGAAUCAGAAGCCAUGGAAGUAGACAAGGGGGAAAAGCCUGACAAGCAAAAUGACACCUUCCUCUUCCCUCCGCCGAAGGCUGUCCCUACACCGUCAAACUCCGGCAAGGAUCUCCAGUCACAUUGGAACCUAGACGCAGCAUCCGCGCUCUGCGCUCACAUGCUCGACGUCCGGCCCAACGACCGCGUCCUGGACCUCUGCGCUGCCCCAGGCGGCAAAUCCGUCGCCCUGGCCCAGCUGAUCUUCCCCCACCUCCACGCCGGCUCCGCGGCCCCGGCGCCGCCGCCGAAACCAGGCUGCCUGCACUCCAACGAGGUCGACCACGCGCGGAACAAGCGCCUGGCCGCCAACCUGCGGGCGUACCUCCCGGAGUCGCUGUCCGAGGCCAAUGCGGUUAGGGUCCUGCGGCUGGACGGCUCCGACCCGCGCGCCGUGACGCAGCUCCCCUGCGGCCCCGGGGGCUACGACCGCGUGCUGCUGGACGCGCCGUGCUCGUCGGAACGGCAUGUAAUCCACGCGUACGUCAGGGCCUCCGCGGGCGGGAGGGUGGCGGACGAGAUGGCGCGGUGGAGGAGGGGCGGGUCCAAGACGCUGGCCAAGCUGCAGACGGAGCUGCUCAUGACGGCCCUCAAGGCGGUCAAGGUCGGGGGCAGGGUGGUUUACUCUACGUGCUCUAUAGAAACCGGUGAGAACGACGGCGUGAUUGAGAAGAUGUUGGCCGCCGUGGAGAAGGACAAGAAGAAGUUUGGUCUGUCCUGGGGCGUCACGUUCGAGUUGGGAAGUAAGCUCAAGAGACGGGCGGACCCCGUGGAGGAGGCUCUCGAGAGCUUCACGGAAGAGACGAAAUAUGGCAGGAUCGCGGUUCCAGACCACAAGGAUGGGAAGCAGUGGGGUCCGCUGUACUUCUGCGUCAUCGCAAAGGUCUCUGGGAAGUCUUGA